AUGCAUGGUAAUGUGCCGUGCACAGCAUGUAUAUUUGUCCUGAAAGUUGAAACACGCCCACCAGCCGAAAUCAGCUGUUUCGCUAACUUAGCUGCUAGCUUAGCUGGCUAACUACUGCUGCGGUACAAGCUUAUAUUUUGACAUUUGUGAUGCUUGCUAGUUGUUGUGGCACUGAACGAUAAGGCAUUUGCCUACCAAUAAAUCAAACACUUGGCACAGAGGAGAAGAAUGGAUGCCCUCACCCACAUGCUUACAGACCCCCUUGAGCCAAAAGAAGAAAACGAUGGCCAAAUCGUUGAGGAAUGUAUGCUGGGGAACUGUAAAGUGAGCCUCCCAGAGGACCUACUUGAAGACCCUGAUAUUUUCUUCUCUGUGAUGGGUGAAAGUACCUGGACUGAUGUACUGUCAGAGUCCCAGAGGCAGCACCUUCGCCAGUUUUUGCCACAGUUUCCUGACAACAAUGUCGUUGAACAGGACAGUACCAUCACUGAUCUGUUCAACAACAAAGAUUUUAACUUUGGAAAUCCUCUUCACCUUGCACAAAAACUUUUCAGAGAUGGAUAUUUCAAUCCUGAGGUUGUCAAGUACAGAGAAUUGUGUGCAAAGUCCCAGAAAAAGCGACAGUUGCACUCUCUUCAGCAGUAUUACCACAAACUUUUGAAGCAGAUCCUUGUCUCCAGAAAGGAGCUGCUGGAGUUUGCAGUUCAGAACGGUCUGGACUUUCCACCAAAAAGGAAGUUACCAUCCAAGUCUCAUGCUGAAAUGCGGGAGCCGAGAGUGAGAAGAAGAAUUAGCCGCAUAAUGAAGGAGGUCAAAGCUGAGUGUGGAGACAGCAAUGCUUCAUCUGAUGAUGAUGACAUAUCAUUGUGGAAUCCAGCGCCACAGUCACCUUCCUCUCCUACUCCCACGGUCUCACUCAGAGUUCUUCCCAGCCUCUCCACCCAGGACAUGAAGAUUACUGAAAAAGUUGAACUAGGGGAGCGGGACUUGAAAGCAAUGCUUCACAACCACCGAGAGAAGAGGAAGCGACAGCCGGAGCAUCCAGAUUUAAUGACCACGGAUAUCCACCUUGGAGACAUACUAUCAAGAGCAAAUAUCGGUCGAAAGGGGACUGUGUCUCUCUUUGAUCUGUGCCUUCCUAAAAAGAAGAUCAAAGAUGAGAGAAGGAAGAAGAAGAUGAGAACAAUAAAAGUGGAAUCUGAGGAUCCCUGCGAAACUCUUACGUCCUCAGAAACACAAUUAGCUCCACCCUCAAAUAUCAUCAACUCCCUGCCGGAUACUCCAUCGACUCCACUGACCAACAUCAAAGAAGAGAUUGUGGAGGAAUCUCAGAGCAGUCCGGCUAUGGUUGAGGAAAUAGCUGUCAGCUUCUUCAGUUUGUUGGAGAGCAUUUUAAGAGCAGAAAAUCUGUCCAGUACUCUAACGCUGGAGGAUAAAGUUCAAAUGUGGCAGUCGUCCCCAGCCAGCUCCCUCAAUGUUUGGUUUUCAUCUGUCCCCUGUUGGUCUGACCUGGUUCUUCAGGCCCUGCAGUUUCUUGCUGGAGAGACUAAAGAUGGCAUGAUGGCACUGCCCAGUGGCUUUUCUCCGUUUGCAGAAUUUUCUGAAGAGUCUCAGCAGUGGAGGUGGAUCGGUCCCACUCAGGAUACAGAGAAGGAUCUCAGUGCGCUCUGUCAGCUGUGGCUGGACUCUAAAGAUUUAAUUGUCAAGACAGAAAAUGAAGACAUGUUAGAGAUUACUUCUCCAACACCAAGAGUCAGUUCGACUGAUUACGUGGUGCGGCCCAGCACUGGAGAUGAGAGACAAGUCUUUCAAAUCCAGGAGCAGCAGCGAUACAACCAGCCGCACAAAGCCUUCACCUUCAGGAUGCACGGCUUUGAAUCUGUGGUGGGGCCGGUCAAAGGAGUCUUUGAUAAGGAGAUGUCCCUUAACAAAGCUAGGGAGCACACACUACUCCGCUCAGACCGUCCACCUUACGUCACCAUUCUCUCACUGGUGCGUGAUGCUGCAGCCAGGCUACCCAAUGGAGAGGGAACAAGGGCAGAGAUCUGUGAACUGUUGAAAGACUCACAGUUUCUUGCUCCAGAUGUCACCAGUGCACAGGUGAACACGGUCGUCAGUGGGGCUCUGGAUCGACUUCACUAUGAGAAAGACCCCUGUGUGAAGUAUGACAUUGGGCGCAAGCUCUGGAUUUACCUGCACCGCAGUCGCAGUCAAGAGGAGUUUGAGAGGAUCCACCAGGCUCAAGCUGCAGCUGCAAAGGCAAGAAAAGCCCUGCAGCAGAAACCUAAACCGGCAUCCAAGCCUAAGUCUGGAAGCAAAGAUGGAGGCAGUAAAACCCCUGGAUGUCUGGAAUCUGGACAGGAUUUAGGUCCCAGUCCCAUGUCACCAACCCCUACUACACCCACCCAGAACACACCUGGAACCCCUAAGUCACCCUUACCCUGUGCAGUAACAACACCAACAAAGACUGGAGUCCCAGAUGCAAUCAAAGCCAGCCCAGGCGUUCUUCUUGUGUCCCCUCCCUCGCUGCCCCAGCUGGGAGCCAUCUUGCCCAGCAGUCAGGCUGCUCCUCCAGUUUCACAGCCAGUCACGUCCCAACACACGGCUCGGUUAGUGAGUCACCUGACAGCGAGCUCCCUGCCUCAGGUGCGAGUGGUUUCGGCUCAGCCUGGUCUGGUUUCAUCAGCUGGAAGUCAGCAGGCCACGCUGGUGCACCAGACCCCUCAUCAGAUCAGGAUGCCUGUGUCAGUUGCAGCAAAGGGCAUCUCACAGGCAGUGGUGUCCGUACCUCUGAGGAGUCAGUCUGCGAGUAGUCCAGUCCACGUGCCGACCUCCCUAUCUGUGUCUGCUGUAGCUGUGGCUAAAUCUCAUACUGGUUCUCCUGGUAGUCCAGCACACACAGCUGCCUCUGCUGUGCUGCAAGGAGUGGCCAGCCCAAAUAUCAAACAGGUAUCCAUCACAGGCCAGUUGGGAAUGAAGACAACAGGAGGAGCAGGAAUUCCAAUCACAGCAACAAACCUGCGCAUCCAGGGUAAAGAUGUCCUUCGUCUCCCACCCUCCUCCAUCACCACGGACGCUAAAGGCCAAACGGUGCUAAGGAUCACCCCUGACAUGAUGGCCACCCUCGCCAAAUCCCCAGUUGCAACCGUCAAACUCACCCCUGAGUUCCUUGGCGGCGGCGCCUCGGGCAGCAAGAGCAUAUCAGCCACUCUCCAUGUGACCCCGCCCCACCACUCGCCUUCCUCUGUCUCCACUGUCACAUCCUGCACUGGGGAAGUGCAGACCUCCAAAGCAGUUCCUGUCACCUCCACCCUGUUGAAGGCGGCCGGAGACACCGCCAUACGUCUGAUGCCCACUUUGGCUGUCUCUGUGGCCGACCAGAAAUCUAGGACCUUCACCACUGUGAGCUCGCCAGACAAGAGCGGCGCCACCAUUCGGAUAAUGCCCGGGCUUGGUGUCAUUCCGCAGAAACAGGGUCAGACUAUUACCAUGACAACCACAACCGGCGGUAAACCACUCACAGCAUCUACAGUCGCUAAUGUGGUGACCAUGGCUGCCAGUGUCGUUGCCGGUGCCAAGGGGAUCACAGUGGCUCCAGGAGUGUCUGGUUCAGCUCUGACACUUGGAACAGCCACCGCCACUGUCCGGCAGGUUCCUGCUACAGUCGUUACCACACAAACGGGGAAGUUACCUGCACGGAUAACUGUGCCCCUCUCUGUUCUCAACCAGCCACUGAAGAGCAAGAGUGUUGUGACCACACCUAUUGUGAAAGGAAGUCUCAACACAAAUAUCAGUAGUCUGGGCAGGAACAUCAUCCUGACCACCAUGCCUGCUGGCACCAAGCUGAUUGCAGGAAACAAACCAGUCAGCUUUGUUACAGCGCAGCAGUUCCAACAGCUUCAGCAGCAAGGGCAGGCCACACAGGUCCGCAUUCAGACAGUCCCAGCGCAGCAGCUCCAGCAGCACAUGGCAGCAGGUUCCCCGAAAUCUGUUUCCACGGUUGUAGUGACAACAGCACCUUCGCCUAAAUGCACCCCUGAUCAGCCACCUGCUCCUCAACAGUGAUCCUUUUGAAUCGUAGGUCCGGUGCAAAAAAAAUAUGCAUCUUUCAGUCAUUGUAGUGCUUCUGUGCACAAGCUUUUACAGGGUCAUGUUACUUCUUGUUCUACCAUGAAGUCAUUGUUAUAAGGUUGUGUCUUAUGCCUUUUAUUUAUGUUCAAAUUAAACCUUUCACUGUCGGACAGUUUUCAAUCCUCAAGAAAAUUAAACCUCUUUAUUUAAUUCUAA